AUGCCGACUGUUCGCUCAACACAUACAAACACCACGAAAGCUGCGCAGACAGCAAAACAAACUGCAACAAACGAAAACGAAAAGCCGGCCAUACAGACUGAAAUGGAUCGCUACAUCCAAAUAAAACGAAAGCUAAGCCCCCAAAAAAAUGUAAACAAACCAAAAAUCACACGCGCCAACGCCAACACAACUUUAGGCGAAGUACCGAACAAUGUCAACAGGUUCGACAUUUUGGCAGACACUAUUGAAGACCUGGCCGUUGAAGCUGAUGGAAGCGACAAAAAUAAGCCAAAGCCACCACCAAUAUUUGUACGUGAGAAAAGCUCUAGUACAUUUGUAAACAAUGUAAUAAAGCUCAUAGGUGACGCAAAUUUCCACAUCAUUUCCUUAGUUAGGGGCAACAUUCAUGAAACUAAAGUUCAGACCAAGUCUGAACAACACCUUAGAGCCUUAACAAAGUCUUUGGACGAAGGAGAAAAAAGCUAUUACACAUACCAGCUAAAAAGCAGUGCACCCAAAAAAGACUCAAGCAGAAAAAAGUGUGGCAACUUUGGAGGCAAUCACACAGCCAACUACAGAGGCUGCCCAGUAUACCAAGAUCUCAAAAGCCGCAUUAACCAGCGCGUAACCACUGUACGCUCACAAAACGCACCGAUCACAAAAAUACCCUCCAAAAACAACCCAGAAGUUUUCUUCUCUACCGCACCCAGAUCCUCACUUGGUACAGGAUUCGUUACCAAAAACGAGUCAUAUGCAAGCGCUCUAAGAUCAGGUCUAGAGCCCCCAGCCUCCAAUGCCCCAUGUUCACAGGCCAAAUAUGUGGACUUCAACUCGGUACAAGACAAAAAGCCAAUGGAACAACAACAAAACAAUUUCGAAGCAAUGAUACUUACUUUGCAGCAGAGCAUGGCGGAGUUUAUGGCGUUUAUGCGGACAACCAUUCAAGAUCUAUUGCGCAAUAAAAACAUGUUGAUACAAUUGCUUGUAUCACAACAAUCAAAAUAAUCAUCUUCAUGGCCUCGCUAAGAAUCUCUACGUGGAACGCCAAUGGCGUUUUUAAGCACAAACUUGAGCUAGCUCAAUUCCUACUAGAAAAGCACAUCGACGUAAUUCGGAAACACACCUCACAAACAAAUAUAACUUGAACAAAAGAGGAUAUAUUUUCUACGGAACCAAUCACCCUGGUAAGGCCCACGGCGGGACCGGGAUUUUGAUAAGAACCCGUCUCAAGCACCACUGUCAUAUUGACACUGCCAAAAACUAUCUACAAGCGACAUCAUUAAAAAUUAAUAUGACUAUUGAGCAAGUUAACCGCAUAACAUCAGAAAUACGAAACGCAUUUGAAAAACGGGAGUACGGCUCUGCGAUGUUUCGCAGGCAUUCGACAGAGUUUGGGUGGACGGUCUGAUGUACAAAAUCAAAACAACGCUUCCAAAUAACACUCAUAAACUGCUAAAAUCGUACCUCUACAACAGGAAGUUUGUAGUGAGGUGCAACACUGCGAUAUCCGACGAACACAGUAUUGAAGCCGGUGUUCCACAAGGCAGCGUACUAGGCCCAAUACUAUACGUCCUAUUCACAGCAGACAUCCCUACAAGCAGCAACCUGACAGUUUCAACACUUGCGGAUGACACAGCUAUUCUCAGCCGCUCCAGAUGCCCAAUCAAAGCAUCAUCUCAGCUAGCCAUCUACCUGGUCGACGUG